AUGAGUUAGAAAUUACAAAUUAUUGGAAGAAAGUUAGUUGUAGUGAUUGCAGCAAGUGUUUACUCUCUGCAUUAUUGGAUUAAUUUCAAUCUAUGGAUAACUGAAGAGUUAAACAUACUAUUGUAUAUACAUAUGAUAACUUUGAACUUGGUUUUCAUAAUGCUGUUCUGGUGCUUUUUCGUGAUUUAAAAAAUUGAUCCAGGAAGACCAAAAAAAGCAGAUGAAUAUAAUUAAUCGCCAUUUUCAAAGAAAGGAUUCUGUCAAUAAUGUAAAUGUCCAAAACCAGAACGUUGCCAUCAUUGCUCAAUUUGUGAUCGUUGUGUAUUACAAAUGGAUCAUCAUUGUCCAUGGAUAAAUACAUGUGUUGGUUAUUAAAACCGAAAGUAAUUCAUAUUGCUCUUAUUUUAUGCAUUGCUAUUUAACUCUCUUACUAUUGUAAGCACAACUAAGUCAUAUUUACUUUCAUUUCAAUUUUCAUAUUUUAACAUAAUCUAUGGUUUGAUUUGUCUUAGUAACUAUGUCUUAGUGUUUUUACUUUUUGGUUUUUUAAAAUAUCAUCUUGAAUUAUUAUAAAAAAAUCAAACCACAUUAGAGGAUUUGAUUAGUAAAAAUAAUCAAAUUAUAUUUAAUCUAUAUGAUAUUGAUCCACAUACAAAUAUUUGCUAGAUUUUUGGGGAAAAUAAAUUAUUAUGGCUAUUUCCAAUAUAUACAGGCCAAGGAUGUGACGAUGGAAAUUCAUUCCCGAAAAAUGAAUAUAAAGUAAUGUAAACUCCUUCUCCAUAAGUGAUAUCAGUUUUAUAUGAAUAACAAUAAAUAAGCAGCGAUAAAAACAAAAGUGAACAUCCAAUUAUCCAAUCUUUAUUUAGAAGAGAAAUGGAGAAGUAGAAGAUUAAUGAAAUUAUGAAAAAUUGA